AGCCGGAUCAGGCCAAUGGGAGUGCGCAAAGACCGCAUAACUUGGAGGCAGGGCCAGAAGGCGGACCAACGACUGAAGGGCGGCCGCACCAGCAGUGUGGGCUGUGCCGUGGUUAGAAGUUACUGUGCGGCGGCUGCUAAGGAGGCGGCUGUGGUGGCGGCGGCGGCGGCUGAGGCGGUGGCUGAGGCGGCGACGGAGGAAACAGAAGAUGAUUUUUUGAAAGGACUGCCUGUCUACAACAAAAGCAAUUUUAGUCGAUUUCAUGCCGACUCUGUGUGCAAAGCCUCGAACCGACGUCCCUCAGUCUACCUGCCCACUCGGGAGUACCCGUCCGAACAGAUUAUUGUGACAGAAAAAACAAACAUUCUUUUGCGCUACUUACAUCAGCAAUGGGACAAAAAGAAUGCUGCCAAGAAGAGAGACCAGGAGCAAGUGGACCUCGAGGGUGAGAGCUCGGCACCCCCCCGCAAGGUCGCACGGACCGACAGCCCGGACAUGCACGAGGACACUUAAGACUCACACUCCCCCACAGACGCCUCCUGUCUUGUCUGCUCCUCGCCCGCCCGCCUUGUGUAAGCGCCCCGCCCCCCAACCCCUCCGCCGGCCCACCCACGCCCCACCGUCCACACCACUUCCAACCUCAUAGGAGCCGAUGUAUUUAUUUUCCUUGAGUUUUUAUUUAUGCUGUAAAAUGUACCAAGCGAUGGUUAAAGGGGACGUCAGACCCAGUAGUGUGAUGUUGGUAGAUGCUUUUAAAAACAACAAUUGUUACUCACCUCCCCGCCUCCAGUUCCCCCUCCUCUUGCCCCCCAGUUCUCCUCUGGAAAACUGGAGCGUGUCUGCGAGGGUCUAGAGCCAGGCCCCUGCUGCAGCCGGCCAGCAGGGGUGGGGGCCCUUCUCCCGGCUCCCACCGGCUGGUUCGGGCCUUAAAGACUUGCCUUGUCUCGAGUUCCACCGGGACCUAUUCUGUGCCCAGACCUUGCUCUGAGCAUGCGUAAGGGGGAGAAGUCAGCCCUUCCGGAUCUUUCUCUUAAGUCAUUUUAUCAUGGACUAGUGCGUGCUCCAUGUCCACCCCAAUAAAAGGAUCUUUCCUACCCGA